UAAACCCCAAAACCUCUAAAACCUGAGCAGUCCUAAAACACCACCACUGCUCUGUUCAACUACUGAAAACUGACAACAGAUGAGAGGGCGCACAAAUUAAGUGUUUUUCUAUGAAAUCUUCGUAAUUCUCAAUUCUACACCCAAAAAUGGACCUUAAAAUCACAUACAAAUCAAACCCACUUCUCUUUUCUUCAACCCAACUCACCCAGCCAUCUGCAAGACCCGUCCUUUUCAACCUACCCACAAAGCACAGACCCAAAAUUUCCCGGAAAAAACCCACUUUUCGUGUUAUGGGGUCUGCAAAUUCAAAUGGGUCUGAUGGGUUUUCUUGGGUGAGUCUGACUCAGUCAAUUCGGCGCGGUUCGGAGCGAUUCUGGUCGAAUUUUGGUGAGUCGGUGAAGAAGGAAACUGGGUUUGAUUUGAAGGAUGCUAAUGUGAAGGUGGGUGAGUAUGUGGGGCGAGUUGAGGGUGGAUUAAAGAAGGGUAGGACUGAGUUGGAACGGUUUAAGACUGAGUUGGUGCCAGAGUUCGUCAGUUGGAAUCGGUGGGAACGUUGGAAGGAUAUUAAGACAUGGGAAUCCAAAAGAAUUGCUGCAUUGAUUUUCUAUAUUUUUCUUGCCGUAGUUUCUUGUCAAAGAAUAUAUAUAGCAAUUCGAGCUCCUCUCCAAGAUCGUCAAAGAAAAGAGUUGACAGAGGCUUAUAUGGAGGCAGUUGUUCCCGAGCCAUCUCCAAGUAAUGUUAGAAGGUUUAAGAAGAGUAUAUGGAGGAAGACUACACCAAAAGGCCUGAAAAUGAAGAAGUUUGUUGAAAGACCUGAUGGAACACUUGUUCAUGAUAGUUCUUAUGUGGGAGAGGAUGCAUGGGAUGAUGACCCACAGCCGCCUCAGGACAAUGUAGAACAAAUUAUUGACAGUGAUGUAAAAUUAAAUCAAGAGGAAAAAAAGGAACUGAAAGAAGACUUGGGGAUUUCUGGUGAAGUUCAAGAAAAUAGAGGAACAUGGCGUGAAAGACUUAAGAUAUGGAAUGAGAUACUUCAAAAAGAAAAGUUAGCUGAGCAGUUGGACUCUGCAAAUUCUAAGUAUGUAGUUGAAUUCGACAUGAAAGAGGUAGAAAACAGUCUUCGCAAGGAUGUCAUGGAAAAGGUAACAGAGACACAGGGAACACGGGCUCUAUGGAUAGCUAAAAGAUGGUGGAUGUAUCGUCCUAGACUUCCUUAUACCUACUUUCUUCAAAAGCUUGAUUGCUCUGAGGUUGCUGCUGUUGUAUUCACGGAGGACCUAAAAAGAAUAUAUGUUACUAUGAAAGAGGGUUUUCCAUUAGAAUAUGUCGUAGAUAUCCCCCUAGACCCUUACUUGUUUGAGAUUAUCUCAAGUUCUGGAGCUGAAGUUGAUCUUCUUCAAAAGCGCCAGAUCCACUACUUUAUGAAAGUUCUGAUUGCAUUGGUGCCUGGGAUACUUAUUCUCUGGCUAAUACGCGAGUCUGUGAUGCUUCUGCACAUCACUUCUAAGCGUUUCCUUUACAAAAAGUAUAACCAGCUUUUUGAUAUGGCUUAUGCAGAAAAUUUUAUCCUGCCAGUCGGAGAUGUUGGGGAAACAAAAUCAAUGUCCAAGGAAGUUGUGUUGGGGGGUGAUGUUUGGGAUCUUCUUGAUGAGCUCAUGAUUUAUAUGGGAAAUCCAAUGCAAUACUAUGAAAGAGAUGUCAAGUUUGUCCGGGGUGUUCUUCUCUCUGGACCUCCUGGAACUGGCAAAACACUUUUUGCAAGGACGCUUGCCAAGGAAAGCGGAUUACCCUUUGUUUUUGCUUCAGGUGCUGAGUUCACAGAUAGUGAGAAAAGUGGUGCUGCAAGAAUCAAUGAAAUGUUUUCCAUUGCAAGGAGAAAUGCUCCUUCUUUUGUAUUUGUGGAUGAAAUUGAUGCUAUUGCUGGAAGGCAUGCAAGAUUGGAUCCUCGAAGAAGUGCAACAUUUGAGGCUUUGAUCGCACAGCUCGAUGGAGAGAAGGAAAAAAUUGGUGUUGAUCGGUUCUCUCUCAGACAAGCUGUGAUAUUCAUUUGUGCUACCAAUAGGCCAGAUGAACUAGACCAUGAAUUUGUUCGACCUGGGCGUAUUGACCGUCGACUGUAUGUUGGUUUGCCUGAUGCUAAGCAACGAGUACAAAUUUUUGGUGUGCACAGUGCAGGAAAGCAACUUGCAGAAGAUGUAGACUUUGGGAAACUUGUCUUCCGUACUGUUGGUUUUUCUGGGGCAGAUAUUCGGAACCUUGUCAAUGAAGCAGCAAUUAUGUCAGUGAGGAAAGGGCAUUCAAAGAUCUUCCAGCAAGACAUUGUUGAUGUAUUAGAUAAACAAUUGCUUGAGGGUAUGGGUGUACUCCUUACUGAAGAAGAGCAGCAGAAAUGCGAACAAAGUGUGUCUUCGGAAAAGAAGAAACUGCUGGCUGUUCAUGAAGCUGGUCACAUAGUAUUAGCUCAUCUGUUUCCUCAAUUUGAUUGGCAUGCAUUUUCUCAGCUUCUGCCUGGUGGUAAGGAAACUGCAAUAUCUGUGUUCUUCCCCCGAGAAGAUAUGGUAGACCAAGGUUAUACAACCUUUGGCUACAUGAUGAUGCAAAUGGUGGUAGCUCAUGGUGGGCGUUGUGCUGAGCGUGUCGUGUUUGGUGAUGACAUAACUGAUGGAGGAAGGGACGAUUUGGAAAAGAUAACAAAGAUUGCUCGAGAGAUGGUAAUCAGCCCUCAAAAUUCAAGGUUGGGGCUUACAGCUUUAACAAAGAGAGUUGGACUUGUGGAUCGACCAGAUAGUCCAGAUGGCGAGUUAAUAAGAUACAGGUGGGAUGACCCUCAUGUUAUUCCAGCCAAUAUGACUCUUGAAGUGUCUGAGCUAUUUACUCGAGAGUUGACAAGGUACAUUGAAGAAACAGAAGAACUCGCAAUGAAUGGUUUGAAGAACAAUAGGCACAUAUUGGACCUGAUUACGGAGGAACUAUUAGAGAAGUCGAGGAUUACUGGUUUGGAGGUAGAGGAGAAAAUGAAGGACCUUUCUCCAGUGAUGUUCGAAGAUUUUGUAAAACCAUUUCAGAUAAACUUGGAAGAGGAUGGACCGUUGCCACAUAAUGAUCAGUUGCGAUAUCAGCCGCUGGACAUAUAUCCUGCACCACUGCAUAGAUGUUAAAAUAUUGCUGAAACUCAUCAGCUCAUUGCUGGUCAAAUCUUUAGCUUUUGUCAUGGUGCAUGGGAAGUCUGAGAAACUAUGCUAGAUAGUUUCCUCUGAAAGCCAAGCUACCUGGGUGUCCACGACUCUGUUGGUUAAAUUUCCAGCAGAGAUGGCAGUGACAUUGCAUAUCAGGGUUUUCCAUCUGCCCCAAAAGUCGACUUUGUUGAAGCUCCUGAUACCUAUAAACGGCUGAGCCUCAAAUAUUGCUAGCUAAAGAGACAACAAUCGCCUGUUAAAGCAAGAUGUGGACUAUGUAAAAGGAUGGUUAUGUGUUUUGAAACGAGCCUAAGUUGGAGUUUAUUAGAGAGAGAAUAUUAGGCUCGGC